AUGUCUGCCUCUGAACUCGCUACCAGUUACGCUGCUCUCAUUUUGGCCGACGAGGGAAUUGAAAUCACCUCCGACAAGCUUUUGUCUUUGACUAAGGCUGGUAAUGUUGAAGUUGAACCCAUUUGGGCUAGCAUCUUUGCUAAGGCCCUUGAAGGCAAAGACCUUAAGGAACUUCUCUUAAACAUUGGCUCCGGUGCUGCUGCUGCCCCUGUCGCUGGUGCUCCUGCCGCCGCUGGUGAAGCUCCUGCUGAAGAGAAGAAGGAGGAACCCAAGGCUGAGGAAGAAUCUGACGAAGACAUGGGCUUCGGUUUGUUCGACUAA